AUGGGUCAAGAUGAGAUCUUCAAGAUUACUUACACGAGGAAAGAGAAGAACGCCGAUGGUACAGGCCGAUGGGUUGAGCCAAGGGCUGAGCGAACUUGGGACACCGCUCUAGAUCUAGUCAUACAGGAUCCCGUUCACGAGACUGCUUUAGAUCCUACUCCAUACCUCUCUCAGGAACUCGUCGACACACAAGUUCAUCCUUCGGCGCUACUGACCCGUCUCCCGAUGAGGAUGAUCAGGAGGGCAAUGUUGAGGUUGACCGGCUAUAAAGCUUACCUAUGGGGCUAUUACCAUACAGACUGCCUUCGGGGUUAUACAGAUGCACGCUUGCCUUCGGGGCUAUACAGAUACGCGUUUGCCUUGGGGGCUACAUGGAGUGCCUUCUGGGCUAAUCAUGCAUGUCUAAAUGCCUUGUUUAGACAGGUUGCCAGGAGAAUUGCACCAGUAGGACCUGCCGAAUGUCAGCCAGUGUGGUGGAGCAAAACAAAAAUGAACUUGAAUAGUCAAAGGACAAAGCACUGCUUUGCAGCAAGAUUAACCGCAUUAGAAGUGAAGGAAAUAGAGAAGAUACACGGCUUUGUUUCUGCACAGCCACAGAGGAUUUUGUCCUUGCACACUACUCAUAUUCCAAGCUUUCUUGGUUUGCAGCAGAACAUGGGUGUAUGGAAGGAUUCUAACUAUGGGAAAGGUGUGAUCAUCGGAGUUAUAGACAUUGGAAUUUUUCCCGACCAUCCUUCAUUUUGCUAUGUUGGGAUGCCUCCCCCGCCAGCUAAGUGGAAGGGAGUAUUAUGUGAGUCCAAUUUCACCACAAAGUGUAACACCAAACUCAUAGGAGCGACGACUUACCAACUUGCCAAUCGUUUCCUGAUAGAUGAUGAUGGACAUGGUACUCACACAACGGGCACAGUCGCUGGAGCCUUUGUGAAAGGUGCUAAUGUAUAUGGGAAUGCUUAUGGCUCUACAGUUGGUCUUGCCCCUCUUGCCCACAUAGCCAUAUAUAAUGUAUGUUCUGAUGAAGGUUGUAAAGAAAGUAAUAUUUUAGCUGCCAUGGAUGCAGCUAUAGAUGAUGGUGUAGAUAUUCUUUCGAUAUCUCUUAGUGGAAGCUUCAAUCUACCUUUCUAUGAUGACAUUAUUGCUCUUGGGGCGUACAGUGCAACGGAAAGAGGUAUUCUUGUAAGUUGCUCUGCCGGCAAUUAUGGUCCAUCUAGUAACUACGUAGAAAACACAGCCCCAUGGAUUCUUACAGUAGACGCUAGCACUGUUGAUAGAAAGCUAAAAGCUACAGUUAAGCUUGGAAAUGGAGAGAAAUUUGAAGGAGAAUCUGCUUAUCCAAAGAUUUCCAACUCAACAUUCUUCACUCUAUUUGAUGCUAGAAAAAAUGCAAGUGAUGAAUUUGAAACACCUUAUUGCAAACCAGGAUCACUCACUGACCCUGGUAUAAGAGGAAAGAUAGUAUUAUGUCUAGAACAUGGUGGCGUUCCCAGGGUUGAUCAAUGGUAA